GAUGUGAGAACCAAGUAAAUCGUAACACAAUGGAGAACGUCGCGGAAUGUGAGGAGUGCGAGUGUCGGAACGGCGCCACGCUCGACGUGCUGAAGGAGGUGCAGCGAGCGUAUGAAGACCGGCUGCAGCUGCUCGAGAGGGUCGGGGGAGCGGACAAACUGCAGAUGCAGGCGCGAGUGUUGCGGUCGUGGGUGAGCGACCUGGUGGCGCAGAACGCGCUCCUGGUGCGCGCCGUGGAGGAGUUAGAGCGAGAAACCACGAGUCGGGCCGAGGCCGAGCGGCGGAGGCACGCGGAGGUAAGAGUGUGGGGGAGCCACUGCUGCUUCAGAACUUGCCCGUCGCGCUUCCAACUCGCCAGCCUUCCGCAGAUAGAGUGCGAGCUGCGCGCCGAGCGUGCGGUGCUGCGGCGGCGGCUCGCGCGCAAGGACGCGGACCUGCGCGGUCUCAUCGAGGUGCUGCGCCGGCUCCGGGAGCUAGAUCUCUGCACACUCGACGGGAUACACUUCUUCGAGGUCACGCACAGCGAUAUCUUCGGCGACGAUGGGUGGCUGUCGCUACGGAAGGGCGACGGGGGCGGCCACUCGGGCUCCGGCGACGACCUGGCGAGCGGCUCGCUGAAGUUCACGCUCUGCAGGAUAGGGAACUACAAUGGCAUGGAAAAAAAGAAUAUGAACCUUGAGUUGUCAUUAGUCAACGAAUCGCUACAGAACGACGUAACUGCGAAAGACAGGGAGAUGAACAGUUUGAAGAAGGAUAUGCAGCAAUACGAACAGUCGUUGGCAAGGGUGAGGUGCGACGGGAAGCCCAAUGUUCAAAUGAAAGAUGCCGAGGUGAUGGCUGGCAUGUGCUGCACGGGAGCCGAGUGCGGCGACCUGGUGCCGGUGCAGGACCUGGCGGAGCGGCUGCGCGAGGAGGCCGGCAAGUACCGCGACCGCAUCCGCAACAUGGAGAUCAGCCUCCAGUCGAGCGGCGUGAAGCUGCGCGCCGUGCACAAGCUCAACCUCGGGCUGAUCGAGGAGCUGAGCUCGCUGCGCCGGCUGGUCGUGGCCAUCGACGUGGAGCGCCGCGACGCCCGGGUCAAGCUCGAUCUGCAGAGGACCAUCGUGAAGCAGAUGGUGCGACAGCUGCGCCAGGCCAAGGCUCAGUUGAAGAAGAAAGAGCUCGACUACUCCAUCAAGUCCGACUUCGUGAGCGGGGACAACUGCGGGCGGCCGCCGUCGCGCGCCUCGCUCCCGCUGCCCGCGCCCGGCGCCCGGCCGCCGCGCCCGCGGCGCCGCGACGUCCCCCCGCCCCCGCCCCCGCCGCCCCACCCCCUCACCGACCUGCUCGACUCCAGCGGGGACUUUCGCCCCUUUCACGAGGACGUGCAGCUGUCACGAAAGUCUAACUAG